AUGGCUCAAACUUUUGGAAUUUCAUGGGCUGAUCUCCCACCAGACCUCCUUUCUCUCAUUGAAAAACGCCUGGAUACCCGCAUUGACACGCUCCAAUUUCGAGCUGUGUGUUACUCAUGGAGAUUCUUGACUCCUCGCUCUGAGAAACCUCCUCCUUCACUACCCAAACAUAUACUGUGUCCUAUCAAUAAUGCUCCAACUGUGAGCCCUCCUAUGGCUCCUUUCACUUUGUUCAAAACCAAAGUCCUUCGCCUUGAAGUCCCUAAUACCUUCCCCAAAAAGAGCUGGUUGAUGAAGGUCAGUGAGCCAGUUGAAAACAAAUACCGUCUCAUUAGUCCAUUUUCAACUUCCCCCGUUCACAACCUUCCUGACGGCGAAGUCUUUCCUCAGAAUUUAAACCUGCUCAACUUAGGCGUCUCAAAGGUUUCCGAAAACUUCUUCCUGAAAAACGAUAGCCCUAACGUAGACCAUCGUAUCUCCAGGAAUUUCUUCGAGGUGGGCUUGUCCAGCCUCUUCGAUUCAAACAAAAAGUUCGUCCUCAUCGAACAAACAGACCUGCUGUGCGUCACAAUUGGUGAAAACAUAUGGCGGCCGGUGGAAAGACGCUAUGGAAUCAAUGAUUUUAUACGCUACAAGAACCAUUUCUUCACUGUAGAUCGAGAUGGCAUCGUCAAAGUCGUCGACGACAAAACAUUUAGAUCAGUUCUGACGGUCCCUCGAUCAUUACCUCGCUACGGAGAGUGGUACAUGGUAAAAUCCCGUGGAUAUCUUUACUUUGUAGUUAGAGAUCUUCAAUCUUGCGAUGGCCAAGUCUUUUUUCAUUUAGCCCUUUUACGCAAUGUUAAUCUUGAUCCAAGGCGUCCACUUUCAGUGCAAUUCAAAGUGUUUAAGUUGGAUGAUCGUCACGGUGUGUAUAGAGCUAGAUGGAGGGAGGUCACCGAUUUGGGAGAUGAAAUCUUUUUCAUCAGUCGUGAUUCUUCAUAUGCGUUUUCAGCUUCUGAUUUUGCCGGCGUUAGAGGGAAUAAGAUCAUUUUCGUGGAUGAAAUUAAAACUUUAACUGAUUAUGCUCGGGGUUUACGUGAUCAUGGCCAAGUGAUGGAAUCUUUAAUCGAUGGAAGAGUGAGAGUUGGUGUGUAUGAUUUAGCAAAUGGAAGCAGUGCACCCCUUAUGGCUCUCCCUAACUAUUUUCAAAUGUUCUGGCCACCUCCGGCUUGGCUCAUGAGGCCACCACCGGCUGAUGAUCUGAGUUCGUCGUUGUCCGAUCUGGGUGUUUCAUCAUCGGCUCCAUCUUCAUCUUCAUCUUCAUCUUCAGGAUGA